CCUCCCCGCGGCACGAUCCCCGCCACCGGGACACCGUCCGUCCGUCAGUCCAUCCGUCCGUCAGCGCGUCCGGCUCCCCCCAGCCGUGACCUCAUCGGGCUUCCCAACAGGGGCCGCCUGACGUCAUCUCGCUUCCCAGCCGCGGCCGUGACGUGAGCGCCCCCAGAACCCGCAGGCGAAGCCCCCGGAGCAGGCGCCGCUGGGGCACAGACCCGGGGGCGGGGGCGGGCUCCGACCCCCAGCCCCGCACCACGGCCCGCUGGCACCGGUCACAGCUCCCGGAGGCACCGGGAGACGUGGCUGGAGCCGCUGCCUGCCCCGGCCCCGGGGGCGGCAACAGCCGGCAGGAUGGGGGCGUGCUCCCGGCCGGGGCCGCCCGGAACCCCGCAUCCGCUCCCAGCAGCGAAGGGCCCUGCAGAGCCUGGGGUGGGGUCUGCGACCCCGACGGGGUUGUCCACAGCUCUGCUGAGUGCGUCCUUGUUCAUCCCCGUGGGAGACCGCUGCACCCCGGUCCCGGCCAGGGGAGCUGGAGUCCUGCUGCCUGAGGCUGUGCAGCCUGGUACCCGAGCAGACCCUCAGGACGUCUGUCCACCACAGACAGGUGACUCAGGGAGCACUGUGUGCUCCACCGGCAGCACCGUGCACUGCCUUGUGCCCAGCACAGCACAAGCACAGAGCUCCCGGCCCUGCUUCUGGGCAAAGGGACCAGGACCCUCUUUCCACCCCCAAGCACAGCUGGCGCCUGGGGCAGGGGGCAGCACCCUCUUCUGAAGCACCGGGAGGGUGCCACAGCUCAGGCCAGGGCUGGAUGGGGGCAGGGGAUGCCCCAGGAUCAGAGACGUGGGGCAGGAUGCUCUGAGCAUGGAGGACUUCAGGGCACUGGCCAGGCCCGCGUGCCCCCUGCGGCCUGGCGUUGCACCGGUGCUGGUGCCCAAUCCCAGUGCUGCCCGUUAAGCUGCGGGGCAUGUAAAAACCUGCUGGGGAUUUAGGUUGGUGUUUACCUGGGAGCUCAGGGGGACGGAUCUGCAGGCCCAGGGCUGGGCCUUGUGCUCCCAAGAAUGAGCCCAUGGAGCCGUGCUGGGCGAUGGGCACCAGGGGCCUAGAGAGGGUUUCUGGAGGAUGAGGAGGCAGCUGUGCCCACGCUCACAGGCCUGGGGCUGCAGGGGAGAGGGGCUGGGAGCCAGGACAGCAUGGAGCUGACAUGAGGGUUAGCUUGGGGCCCAACGCGAUGGGCCAGGCCUUGGUGCUGCAGUGAGAGGACCUGACUCCACCAGGGCAGUGCAGAGCACCAUGCAGGGCAAGGGCAGCCCCAGGGGCCAGGGCAGGCAGGUGAAUGGCCCCCAGCUGCCCCAGCACAUGGCCUGGCUGCUAAGCGGCUGCCCUCCCAUGCUGAAGGCUGCCCUGCAGGGCAGGGGGCUCUGGCCAGCCCCAGGCGCCAGCUCCGCAUCCCUCCUCCUGGUCUCUUCCCGUGGGCUCCUGAGGGCUGAUGCAGUCAGCCCCCUGCUCCAGGCUGCUCUGUGGCUCCUGGGACCGGUGCUCAAACCCCACCCCCCCACCUCCUUACUGGGGGUUCAUCGGGGAUGCCCUGUCUCUGGCAUCCCCUGCUCCAUGCAUCUGAUACCACCCAGCCCGCCCCCCGCAACGACUAGGGUGGAAAUUAGCCCCUUACCCCCAGUGUCCAAAUGACACACUGCAGCGGGUGGGGAAACUGAGUCACUCCAGAGCUCUCCCUGCCCUUCCAGCCCUUGCAGCGCUCUGGGACUGGCUCGGCCCUUGAGGGGUUAAAGGCUGCCCUGGCAUUGUCCCCGUUGCCAUAGGAGCUCCCCCCCCCGUUGCUAUGGGGAAGGCCCCUCCCUUCCUGUUGCCACGGGAACUGGUCCUUCCUUCCCCGGCCUCCGAGCAGCUCCUGCGGGAAGAUCCCCGUGCCCGCCCGCAGCUGGGCAUGGAGGGCCAGGAGCCUGGCCUGGGGGGCAAGGACCCCAGGGGGGCAUCCCCCCCGCCAGAAGAAGAGCCACACAGGGCGCCUUCUCUGCUGGCUGAGGACCCUGCGGGGGCAGCAGCAGCCAAGGAGGCACCCCCGCCGGCCCUGGGAAUGGAGGUGGUGGAGGAGGAGGACGAGGAAGGUGAGGGGGAGAUGGUAGAGGUGAACCAUCAACACACGCAGACAAAGCGCAAGGCGACGGCCAAGCAGGGAGCAGCAGGCUACACGGUGCGAGCGGUGGUGCCGGCCGAGAAGGCGGAGCUGGUGUCGGUGGCCAAGGCCAUGCACCGCGAGCGCUUCGGCCGCACCGUGCAGGAGCUCUUCAACCUGGAGCGCGAGGCUGCCCUCAAGGCCAUCAAGACAGGCCUAUACGUUGGGUGGCGCUGCCCCGAGUACCUUUGGGACUGCUUCCGCGUGGGUGACCGCUCCAAGUGCUUCUGUGGGCACCUGCUGCAGGAGCACCAGGUCUAUGCCAAGACGCGGGUGCUGGUUCCCUGUGCCAUGCCCAACUGCAAGUGCCAGGGCUUCGCCUUCAUCCCGGCCCGGCCCGAGGAUGUGGGCGAGUUCUGGCUGAAGAGGAGAAUCGGCUUCAACGCCACUGCCUGGCGCGCCACGUGCCGCUGCAAGCACAGCCAUGAGCAGCACAUGCCCCGCGCCAGCCGUGCCUGCCAGGCCAGAGGCUGCUGCUGCACGGGCUUCGAGUCCAGCUUCCUGUGCGCGGCCUGCGACCGGCGCUGGGAGGAGCACGAGACCUUCUUCGAGUCAACCGAGGCGCGGAGGCAGGGGGGGCGCCCAUACGGAGAAGCCUACCUGCCCUUCGCCGAGAUGCCCGAGCUCCGCAACGCGGUGCUGACGGGGCACGAGAGCGACAGCUCCGCCUACGAGGUCCUGCGCACGGGGCUGCCCGCCCCGUCCAGCUCACGCCCUCUGCCUCUUGCCCCUGCAGGAGCCUGGAGCCCCGCGGAGCCGGACGCCCCCAGGCCGGGGCGGGGCGGCCACCAAUAAAGGGAUGCAGCCAGCA